AUGGAUUGGGAAAAAGCAACUAAGCUCCAGUUGUUUCAACUCAAUGAGAUGGACGAGUUCCGCUAUCAGUCCUAUGAGAGUGCACCAUUGUAUAAAGAAAGGAUGAAGCAGUAUCAUGACAAAAAGAUCCUGAAGCAAGAAUUCUACAAGUCUGGAGAUGGAACUCGAACAUUUAAGGUGAACGGGCAGAGGGUGAAUCACUACCAUGGUUGCAUUGAUGCGGAUAGAAUUGUUGAUCAGUACCGGUUGAAGCAUCUGGGAAUGAAUGCUGACCCGGAGAAUCCUAACCAGGAGAUACUUCUCAAUAUCAUCAAUACACAGUAUAAACCUGAUCCUUCUCAUGUCUUGAAUCAUGAAGAUAUUGAAAUCAACGAGGGGCUGCCUUAUGAAGAUGAACCUGUGCAAAUUUUAGAUCGACAAGUUAGGAAAUUGAGAACGAAAGAUGUAGCUUCGGUUAAAGUCCUGUGGUGUAACCCUAAUACUGAAGAAGUAACUUGGGAAGCUGAGGAGGACAUGAAGAAGAUAUACCCUCAGUUAAUCCCUAUUGCAGGUUAUCUUUGGGGAUAA